AUGGGAAACGACGAAGUUUUUGGGGCGCGAAGGCGAUACAUCCCCGGGGAGAGGGAGGCGAAUCGUCGUGCGGGCGCUGACCUGGCGCUGGCUUCUCCGAGUCCUCGGCGGCGGCGCGCGGCUCCAGGGUCACUCCGAGGCACGCGCCAGACAGUCCCAGCUCGCUUAGCAGGAUCCUCAUGCGGCCGAGCACAUAGCACUCACUGCACGCGCACUCACUCACGGUUUGUCGGCAAAGUGUCGCGAGGGGCGCACGGAAGUACGCUCAGGCUGACGGUCGGUGCGAUACUGAGGCCGCCGCCGCAGAGGCUGGUGGCUAUAUCGCGGGCUCUGACGUCACGGUCGCUACGUCACGGUUGCGACGUCACUAACGGUACCUCCCACGGCCCGCCCGCCGCCUGCCGCCCGCCCGAGCCUGCGCUAACGGCAUCGCUAGUACGGAGCAGAGCUUUCGUAACUCCGCGCCGAACACCAUAG